CAGCUCGGCCCCUUCCUCGCCUUGUGCCUGUGUGUGGCAACCGGAGUAAAGCUGGACGACCGAGGGGGGGAAACGCGAGAUCGUGGAGAGGACCGUGUUACGCUUUUAAAGAAUCCACCAAGCCCGCUCGAGUCGGAAGACAGGAUUUCGGAGGCGUAUUUUCAUAUUUUUCCUUCCUCUUUUCUGCGGGAUUAUUCGGCGGCGGAGAGGCGCGCACUCCUCGGAGGUAGAAACUAGUUUAUUCGAGCACGACCGCGCCAACAUUUCUCUCCCCCAGUGUGGCCCGGGUGCGCUCCGGAGAGGGAGAGGAUGCUUGUCUGGAUCCAGCUCGCUCACGUUGGAUUAAAUGCAUGAAUUACAGCCUGCUCUGCUGCUUCCCUUCUUCUUCAGGAAUAAGAAAAAGUCGGACGGACGCUCAGCGCGCUCGGGAUUUGCUCGACCUCCCCUGCCCCCCGCCACCCCCUCUCUCUGAGCACAUCUGAAAAACCAUCUUUCCUCCAAACGACCUGCACACUGGAGACAUAAACAAAGGAGAGGGUUUUUAUUUCCCCCCCAAGAUGUAUCCACAAGGCCGACAUCCGCCUCCACAUCAGCCCGGUCAGCCUGGCUUCAAGUUCACAGUAGCAGAGUCUUGUGACAGGAUUAAAGAUGAAUUCCAGUUCCUGCAAGCCCAAUAUCACAGUCUCAAGGUGGAGUAUGACAAACUGGCCAAUGAGAAGACGGAGAUGCAACGCCACUAUGUCAUGUAUUAUGAGAUGUCGUACGGGCUCAACAUAGAGAUGCACAAACAGACGGAGAUUGCCAAACGGCUCAACGCAAUUCUAGCUCAAAUUAUGCCUUUCCUGUCUCAAGAGCACCAACAGCAGGUUGCUCAGGCAGUGGAGCGGGCAAAGCAGGUGACUAUGACUGAGCUGAAUGCUAUCAUCGGGCAGCAGCAGCUUCAGGCCCAGCAUCUCUCCCAUGCCGCUCACGGACCUCCGCUCCAGAUGCCACCUCACCCCUCGGGCCUGCAGCCGCCCGGCCUCCCGCCCGUGACGAGCGCUGGAUCAGGACUGCUUGCACUUGGCGCUCUGGGCAGCCAAGCCCACCUCCCCGUGAAGGAUGAGAAAAACCAUCACGAUCUGGAGCACAGAGACAAAACGGUAAUAAAGUGUUUUGGUUUCCCUUUGCAGAAUAACUCCAUAUCCCCAUCGGAAAGCUUACGCACAGCCAGCGAGAAGCACCGCAGCUCUUCUGACUACAGUUUGGACUCGAAGAAACGCAAAGUGGACGAGAAGGACAGCAUGAGCAGAUAUGACAGUGACGGAGAGAAAAGUGAUGACCUGGUGGUAGAUGUGUCUAAUGAGGACCCCACCACUCCGCGGGCCAGCCCGGUGCACUCCCCACCUGAAAAUGGCAUUGAUAAGCCCCGCCCUCCAAAGAAGGACACACCCAACAGCCCUGCAUCAGUGGCGUCGUCUGGAAGCACCCCGUCGUCCAAGGCCAAGGAGCUCAGUCAUAAUGACAAAUCCUCCACGCCUGGCCUCAAGUCCAACACUCCCACUCCCCGCAACGAUGCCCCCACCCCGGGCACCAGCUCCACUCCCGGCCUCAGGCCCAUCUUGGGCAAACCCCCAGGCAUGGAGGCUCUAGCAGCACCAGCUUUGCGUACCCCUCUGUCCAUCGCAGGCUCUUACCCUACCCCCUUUGCCAUGAUGGGCCAUCAUGAAAUGAAUGGAGGUCUGACCAGUCCUAGUGUAUAUGCUGGUCUGCACAUCUCGCCUCAGAUGAGUGCUGCAGCAGCUGCAGCCUACGGACGCUCCCCUAUGGGGUUUGAUCCUCACACCCACAUGAGAGCACCAGGCCUUCCAGCCAGCCUCACAUCCAUUUCUGGAGGCAAACCGGCUUACUCCUUCCACGUCAGCGCAGAUGGUCAGAUGCAGCCUGUGCCCUUCCCACCUGAUGCCCUGAUUGGCCCCGGUAUUCCUCGCCACGCCCGUCAGAUCAACACACUGAGCCACGGCGAGGUGGUGUGCGCUGUUACUAUCAGCAACCCCACACGCCACGUCUACACUGGUGGCAAAGGCUGCGUCAAAAUCUGGGACAUUAGCCAGCCCGGCAGCAAAAGUCCUGUGUCCCAACUGGACUGUCUGAACAGGGAUAACUACAUCCGCUCCUGUAAGCUACUGCCUGAUGGUCGCACAUUGAUUGUUGGAGGCGAGGCCAGCACAUUGACCAUCUGGGAUCUGGCCUCUCAAACACCCCGGAUCAAGGCUGAGCUCACCUCCUCAGCCCCGGCAUGCUACGCCUUGGCCAUCAGCCCCGAUGCCAAAGUCUGCUUCUCCUGCUGCAGUGAUGGAAACAUCGCCGUUUGGGACCUGCACAACCAGACUCUUGUUAGGCAGUUCCAAGGUCAUACGGAUGGUGCUAGCUGUAUCGACAUAUCCCACGAUGGCACUAAGCUGUGGACAGGCGGUCUCGACAACACUGUUCGCUCCUGGGAUCUGAGGGAGGGGCGACAGCUGCAGCAGCAUGAUUUCACAUCACAGAUCUUCUCGUUGGGCUACUGUCCGACCGGAGAGUGGCUCGCCGUGGGAAUGGAGAGCAGCAACGUGGAGGUGCUCCACCACUCGAAGCCUGACAAAUAUCAGCUCCACCUGCACGAGAGCUGCGUCCUCUCUCUCAAGUUUGCCUACUGUGGUAAAUGGUUUGUAAGCACUGGGAAGGACAAUCUGUUGAAUGCUUGGAGGACUCCUUAUGGCGCCAGCAUAUUCCAGUCCAAGGAGUCCUCAUCUGUCCUGAGCUGUGACAUCUCGACGGACGACAAGUACAUUGUGACCGGCUCUGGUGACAAGAAGGCCACUGUGUAUGAAGUGAUCUACUAGAGCGGACUUCUUUGGAUCAGAGCAUGUUCAUGCUCAGGAACAACAGACUCCAUCUACCUUCCCUCACAAAGACAGCAUGGAUGUUGCCUGCAGCCCCCGGGGGGGGGGGCAGGAGGUUUGGCAGUGCCAGACUGAAAUGGACGUCGGUGCCCAUGUGGCCCUGGAUGCCGUGUCCUUCGGCUCUGCCCUUCCUCACUUGUACAGCGAGUGCAGAGCCCCAAGGCACUAAGAAGAAAAUAAUGUCUUGCUGUUUUUCUGUUUGUUGGAUAUUUCUUUUUUUAUUCGUCCUUUUUAAUGUGGAGAUAAAGUUCCAUGACACAACUAGAAGCGGCGCUUCAUUUGGAGCUUCUCCUUGGAGGUCCUGUGAAAAGUGUACAUAAUGGAGUAAUAAAAGGCCUUUUAUAGAUUUAUAUUUUGGUGUCCAGUUACGCUUGUGAUGGUUCUUUCUUGUUCUCUCCGUGAUUCUCUGUUCCCUCUGGGGAUGGAAAUUAGAUUAGGACUUUGUAAGAGGAUAUUCUAUUUCAGUUUUCCCCCUCCUCCGCUUUUUUUCACUUGGGUUGUCCAGAAUGACCUUUUCGGAUAUCUAAUUUGGAUUUUUUUUCCCCUCCCUGACAACAGCUUCUUUUUUUCCCGCAAUUUGCUGUAACACAGAACACAGACGUUUGUCCAAUGGAUUUUAGCAGUGGAGAAUUCUGGAAAUGUCCUUUUUUUCAGACUGGAAGAUGGAGAAAAAUCAGGGUUUCCAGUUACUUCUGCCCUUUUGCUCUGAUGAGCAGAAAUUCAGCUUUUGAAACGAAGACCUAUCCCUGAACACUGGCUACUCUCAGUAACAUUAAAAUGGAUCAUUAUCUACUGGGGGACUGAUGGGUUUCAUGGAGAAGCAGCUGUGACUUGAGUUCAGUCUGGUAACACGACUAUUGUAUGAAUCUUCAUUUUUCCACUCAGCAGUUUAGUCAUCAGUCUGUAAGAGUUCAUUAUUGCCUCUCUUGUUUGACUCUCUGUGACUGAUGUGCAACACCUACAUGGUUACUCAUAAUGGUGGCAGGCAAAGCCACAACCACAAUUGACUUUUAGGGUAUGCUGUUUGCUUUCUUCAGUAUUUCAUAAUAUUCCACUACAGUCUUCUCAUAGACGGGACUGGUCUCUGCAUAAACACACAUUAGACUGGAUAGCAUACACGUGUCGUCAUCCCUGAGGAUUGUACAGUUGACAGUUGUUGAUGAAUCAAUAAACUGUUUUUAUAUAAAAUCA